CAAACAUCAACAACAGAAUGGGGAGAUCCACGGAUAACAUCAUCCUCAGCCAUAACGAUGCUAUACUCAGACAGUCAGAUCUGGAUAUUCUGAGUGGUCCCGAGUUCCUCAAUGAUCGUAUCAUAGAGUUCUAUUUCAGCUAUCUUUCGAGUUUUCAUCAUCAUCCUUCUGAAGAAGUGUUACUUGUGUCACCUUCAAUUUCAUUCUGGAUAUUAAAUUGUCCAGACAAAGACAGUCUAGGUGAUUUCCUAGCGCCCCUUAAACUUGCUGAUAAAAAGUUGGUAAUAUUUCCUGUUAACAACAAUGAUGAUGUGACGGUAGCAGAAGGAGGGAGCCACUGGAGUGUGUUGAUAUUUCAUAGGAAUGCUAGAGUGUUUGUGCACCAUGAUAGUUAUGGAGGGUUUAACAAUGUACAUGCCAGGAAUCUCCAUAGUAAUGUUUAUUCACAUAUGGGUAUUUCUAGUAAAUAUCUGGUAGCCGAAACCCCUCAACAAAUGAACGGUUAUGAUUGCGGCAUAUAUGUUUGUGCCAUAACAAGAACCGUUAUCGAGUGGUUUUACAGCAAUGUCAUCCCCGUGAAGCUAACUGAUCUAUGGUUAUAUGUGGUGAGCGAACAAGUCACUCCUUCGGUUACUUCCAAUAUGAGAAAGGAAAUAUUGGAGCUGGUUCAAUGUUUAAUGUUUGAGAAGAAGCAAGAAGAAUGAUUUUGUUCAUGUGAAAUUGGUAGUAUCUCUAUUUGUGUGUGUUUUGUUUAUGGAUAAUCUGAUCUUAACAAUGAAACCCCACAAACCUGAUACAAUUCUGUUUGUUU